AUGGGUGUUGAUAUUUGCACAGAUCAUAAUUCUUAUUCAGGAUCGCCUCCUUUGGCUUAUAAUAGCACUUCAAAUGUUAGAUCACGUAUCUCUCGUUCAAAUUCGUAUCCUCCGACUUCUAAUAACAAGCCAAGUGUUAGUCUUGAAGUUUGUACUUCAUACGAAUAUCAACCGUUUGAUGCUACUUGUACUUCAUCUGAGUUUCAACUGUCUAACGAUAUCAACGUCAUCGUUAAUAAUUUGCCAGAUGAUGCCGUUCCGCAUAUUCAAAUUGUACAAUAUAAUUCCGAAAAUAGAUUCAAAGGUUCAGGAAAUGAAUUCGAUAUUUGUAGUCCAAGGAAUGGAUCUGGUAUUUCCUCUAAUUUAAGAGAAAGUUCCAGAGAUUAUAAUUUAAAAGAUGAAUCCGAUAAUAAUAAUUUAAAAGAUGAAUCCGAUAAUAAUAAUUUAAAAGAUGAAUCCGAUAAUAAUAAUUUAAAUGAUGGAUCCGAUAAUAAUAAUUUAAAUGAUGAAUCCGAUAAUAAUAGUUUAAAAGAUGGAUCUGAUAGCAAUAAUAUAGAAAAUAGAUCCGAUGAUCAUAAUUUAGACAAUGGGUCCAAAGAUUAUGAUUCAAGAAUUGAAACUAAAGAAAUUAGACCUGAGGAUCAAAAUCCAGGAAGUAAAAAUGGAACCAAUAGUCAUAAUUCAGGAUGCUACAAUUCAAGUAAUGGAUUCACAGAUUUACGAUUU